CACGCAGUUAAGUUGCUAAAGCUGCUGCUUACUCGGAAUGUCUCUUGUCAUGCUCCGGUUGGAACGUUGUUUUGACGAAGUCAGGGCGAAAUAUGAUGGUUUAAAUUGACCCGUUAAAUUCUGAUAUGACAUCAGACUUUGUAACGUAAACACGUCGGCGCUUGUGAAGAAACCACGAUUCGCGAGGCAGUUGCUGACCAAGAGUUAGCAUAACAAAUCAGAAGCUAGUUUGCGUUUCGUUGUCACAGUCUCUUGGAAUUUGAUCUCCUCGUCUAAGCGUUAGACUUUGACGCUAGGUCUAGUCUUGGACUAGGUUCGAGGAGGAUGAACUGGCUUUUCUCCCAUUCUAAAGGUUCAGGACCUUUGCCUCCCCUAAACAGCCUCCAGCAACAAAGACAGCGCCAGAUCGACUCCUUGAAAGAUGCCCACCCCAGUCUUGCAGAAAUCCAGAAAGAUGUUGAGUACAGGAUUCCCUUCACCAUCAACAACUCGACCUUGACCGUCAACGUACUGCUGCCUCCACAGUUCCCACAAGAGAAGCCCACAGUCAGUGUCUACCCUCCUGUCGGUCACCAUUUGGUGGACAGCAAUAAUGGCACAAUCAUUACCAGCCCUCUAAUCACCAACUUUGGGAUGCACUCAGAUCUUGGGAAAGUGAUUCAGAGCCUGUUGGAUGAAUUCUGGAAGAGUCCUCCUGCAUUAAUGUCAUCUGGUCCCUCGGGCUUUCCGUACAUGUACAAGCCACCAGGCAUCCCACCCUAUCCUACUCAGGGUUUCCACUAUGCUCCUCGCCAUGUCGGCCCAAGUCAGACGCCUCCACCUGCUCCUCCACACCCUGCGGCGGACGGGGUUCACGUUCCUCCACGAGCUCCACCUUCUUAUGGCCUCAUGACUGACCUAGCCCUUCCUACUGGAGACACACAGCUUGGAUUAAACGGACACAUAUACAAGAUGCCUGAAAUUCCUGAAUCGUUUCCUGACCUCUGUGAAUUAAAUCUCAGUCAGUUGUCGGAGAUGUCGGAGAAUGAGGGCGUUCUCCUGGAGUUCUUUGUCACUUUACCACAACUCAAACAAAUAACCAACGACAAAGAAGAGUUGCUCACGAAUAUUGUGUCUCUGGCAAAGAAUAACCUACAGAUGGAGCCUCAGCUUGAAGGAAAGCGACAGGAAAUGCUCUACAAGUAUGAGCAGCUCACACAGAUGAAGUCAACUUUUGAGUCCAAGAUGCAAAGACAGCAUGAGCUCAGUGAGAGCUGCAGCCUCAGCACCUUGCAGGCUCGACUAAAGGUUGCCGCUCACCAGGCGGAGGAGGAGUCAGAGGAAACAGCGGAAAACUUCCUAGAAGGCCGCACUGACAUUGACGAGUUCCUGACCAGCUUCAUGGACAAAAGAACGCUCUGCCACAGCAGAAGAGCUAAAGAAGAGAAGUUGCAACAGUCUAUCAACGCAUACGAGCAGUUUUCCAGCAGCCACUAGAGGAAAAAAGGCUGCUGAAGAUGGUUUGAUGCUUGCACCUCCUUCUUAAGGAUGGAUACGAGGAAGAAAAGCACACCAGGGCAACAAGGGGCACUUUGUAAACAAAGAACACUGAAAAACGAUUGAUGCUGACUCUGAGACUCUGGAGGAGGAGAUGUGGCCGAUGCGCCUUGGAGCUGCGCCACGACAACUAGGAUCCAUUGCAUCAGUAUUGUCUAUUGCACAUGCUGUUGGUUUCUUGGCAACGAUUUGCUUGCUGUUUGCAUAGUGUUUUGAAAGUACACUUGAAAUGGAGCAGCCAUGCUAGAACAGUAUUCACACCUUCACUUUCUUUGGGGAAAUACCCACAUUUAUUUUAUCAGAUUUACAUUUUGCAUUGCAAUUGGACGUGUACAUUCAGAUGUCAAGUAAAGGUAACCUUUUGUUCACCUGUGAAGGUUGUAGUGCGGCUUCAGUUCAUUCAGAAAAUCAUGCGAAAAGCAGAGGAGCCCAGUUUUGACUGGUAUAUUUGUAUUUAAACCAGCAUUCAGGCUUUUUCAUUUCCAACUUUUUUUUGUCUGUCUUAGAUAACUAGUACAAACAUCUCACUAGUGCUGAGACGGGGGCGUCAUCAUCAUGUCGAUCAUGAAUCGUGAAUAUUGCUAUGCUUCUUUUCUUUAAAGGAUACAGUCCAUGUCUAAGUUACUUUGUUAGUACAACCCAUUUGUUUUGCUGGUGAAAUAUUGAAUUUCUUUUGCUUGGAUUUCAUUCAAGGUAUUGACGUGCUGUCACAGUCACAUGAUCAUGACAGAGCUCCAACCCGGCACUCUUUGAUCUUCUGUUGGUGUUGAUCAAAGGCAAAAGUGAAUUGGUUUGAGUUGAACUACUGUAAUUAAAUAAUGUUUAUAAUGGGGUUUAUUGUACUCAAAGAUGCCCAAACUCUGUAUUAUAUGUUAUUAUUUAAUUUGUUUAGAGUAAUA